AUGAAGUACGAGACGAAGCUAUCCGAGGCAGACAUUCACGCCCUCGCCAGCAGGAGCUACGUCGUCAAGAACCUCUCCGCCCCCAUUGCAUCAGGCUCCUUCCAGCACGACGGCAUGAUCAUCGUGACCUGCAGCAUGAAGACGUUAGCGGCGGUGCGAACGGGCUUCUGCGACGAUUUGAUCUCCCGCGCAGCCGACGUCACUCUCAAGGAGGGCCGGAAACUCCUCCUCGCCGUGCGCGAGACGCCCCUGAGCGAUGUGCACCUCGACAAUAUGCUGUUUCUGCGGCGCGCGGGGGCUGUCAUAUUUCCACCCGUUCCUGCCUUUUACACGCGGCCGAAAAGCAUGGAUGACCUGGUGGACCAGACCGCUGGGAGGAUGCUGGACUCCAUGGGACUGUUUACGGGCGGAUUCAAGCGCUGGGACGGGUUUGAGAGGGACUGA